UGUAAUCCUUUCAUCAUAAUGGACGGACUCCGAAUCUGGAGAGACUGGACAUCGCUGUGGCGCACGACGUCCCCCCUUUCGUCUUUGUCCUGUAAUAACCAUCGAUUCCUCACCGAAAUCUUCGUUUCUAGUGGAAUAGUGGAGAGUGGGUGCAGUUGCAGAAGAGACCCUUCUCUCUCUCUCUCUAUUCAUUUAUUAUAUUUAUUCUAUUUCCUUCCAUCUUCCAAAAACGAGUAUCUUUCUUUUUUCGCUUCUCUGGCAGAGACCUCAAUUGUCUUCCCAGGAAGUUCACUUCACCGUUGGCCACGUGAGAGCAAAUGCGAAACUAUAUAUUGCUUUUCCCUUUUUUGAUUUUUUUAGUUUAGGGUUUCAAGUUUUCAGAGUUCGACUUUGGACUUUCUUCAUCAAGACGAAGGGCAUCUGUAACUUUGUUUCGAUUUCGGAGGUUCUAUAGAUCUGGAUCCAAGGCGGUUGAGCGGGGAAAUUGGUGAUGGUGAUGAUGGAGGAGUCGCGGGAGAGUGGGGUAAGCUCUUCUGAUAGUGACGAUGAGGUUUCUGUCUCAGUGGGGGAUAGGGUGGUGGUUAUUGAAAGUGGAGGUCAUAGUGAUAGUGAAUUGGGACGCAAGGAUGGCUCGGGGACGGGGAGUUCCAGUACUAACAGAGUGGGCGACUCAUCAGGGACUGUUGACAGGACCUUGCCUAGAGCGAACACUUUGCCUGGGGAAACGUUUAAUGCUGACAAAUUAGAGAGGAAUCCAGUUCAUGUUAAUUUGGAACGAUCAAAAACUGAGAGGCGUAAAAAACCUAAUAUUCUUGGUGAAGAGGCGAAAAAAAUAUUUGAUGACAAAAUAUCAGCCCAGAAGAAGCGCAAGUUGUUGGAACGAAUAGCUACUGUGAACGAUGAUGGGACUGUAGAAUUUGAAGUUUCUGUGGAUGUAGAAACUCCAAAUGCUGAUGUUGUACCUGAAAGUGUUCAUCAUGAAGCUGUUGAUGAAGAACCUCUGGAUCCAACAGACCUUCAAUGUAUUCCACCACUUCAAAUAGUAAUGCUCAUUGUUGGUACGCGGGGUGAUGUGCAGCCAUUUGUUGCCAUUGGUAAACACUUGCAGGCAGAAUGCAGAGAGGCCCAAAAGAGCUUGUUGGAUGCUGGAAGGCAUGAUCCAGAAUUAAGUUCCAUUUUAGAAGCCCAACCAAAAGACUUCGGGCAUCGUGUUAGGUUGGCAACUCAUGCAAAUUUCAAAGAAUUUGUUUUGUCAGCUGGGUUGGAAUUUUUUCCUUUAGGAGGGGAUCCAAAAGUUCUCGCUGGUUACAUGGUCAAGAACAAAGGCUUCUUGCCAUCUGGACCGUCUGAAAUACCUAUUCAGCGCAAGCAAAUAAAGGAUAUCAUAUUUUCUCUAUUGCCAGCAUGCAAGGAUCCUGAUCUUGAUUCUGGUAUCCCUUUCAGAGCAGAAGCCAUAAUUGCCAAUCCACCAGCAUACGGACAUACACAUGUGGCAGAAGCACUGAAAGUACCGCUCCAUAUAUUUUUCACUAUGCCAUGGACGCCAACUAGUGAAUUUCCACAUCCUUUAUCCCGUGUCAAGCAAAAUGCUGGGUAUAGGCUGUCAUACCAUAUUGUUGACUCAUUCAUAUGGCUUGGAAUACGAGACAUGAUAAAUGAAUUCCGGAAGAAAAGGCUGAAGUUAAGACCUGUCACAUAUUUAAGUGGCGCCCAAGGGUCUGCCUCUGAUGUGCCUUAUGGAUACAUUUGGAGUCCUCACCUUGUCCCCAAACCGAAAGACUGGGGGCCGAAGGUUGAUGUUGUUGGUUUUUGCUUCCUUGACCUUGCUUCAAAUUAUGUGCCUCCAGAAUCACUAGUGAAAUGGCUUGAAACGGGUGACGAGCCUAUCUAUGUCGGAUUCGGUAGCCUUCCUGUUGAAGAACCUGAGAAAAUGACGCAAAUAAUUGUGGAGGCACUGAAAACGACUGGACAGAGAGGCAUCAUUAACAAAGGGUGGGGUGGUCUUGGAGACUUGGCAGAACCACCUGAUUUUGUGUAUCUACUGGACAACUGCCCUCAUGACUGGCUAUUUUUAAGGUGCAAAGCAGUGGUUCAUCAUGGGGGUGCGGGAACAACAGCUGCUGGCCUUAAAGCUGCGUGUCCAACCACUGUUGUACCUUUCUUUGGUGACCAACCUUUCUGGGGUGAUCGAGUGCAUGCUAGAGGAGUAGGUCCUGCUCCUAUACCAGUUGAUGAGUUCUCACUUAAUAAGUUGGUUGAUGCAAUUAAUUACAUGCUAGACCCCAAGGUGAAGCAGUCUGCUGUUGAACUGGCGAAGGCUAUGGAAACUGAGGAUGGAGUGGAAGGAGCAGUAAAAGCCUUCUUCAGACAUCUUCCUCCCAAAAAGGUGGAACCAGAGCCAUCCCCUACGCCACCGGGUUUCUUUGAACAAUCUGUUAGCUCUGUAAGAAGAUGUUUUGGGUGUUCCUGAGUUGUGAGCUUUUUAUGUUGUUGUCCCUUUAUGUAUUUUUAUUGACUACAGUGUAAUCUUUAACCUCCAAAAAUUAGUUUUUCUUUUGAGGGAAAAAAAAAAAAAAAUUGGGUUCAUGUGUGUAAUCUUGUCCUGUAUUUUCUAAUUAAAAUAUGUAAUCUGAUACUAAUGUGAUAUUGAGAAUCUCCAGUCAUCAUCAUCAGGAGGCUCACAAGAAAUGUUGGCUCGCACCGAAUUUGGGUUUGGAUUGGUUCUUUAAAUCUGUUUUUAGAACAGAAAAUUAAUGAUAUUUUUUUUUUCUUA